AUGCCAGAUUUAUUUGAUAACUUUUUCAGUUCAAUAAGUGCAAAAUUCAAUGGCGGUCACACUAGACGCCGCUAUUCUCAGAGCUCACAAGUUAAUACUGGAAGCUUUUACAGUUACCACAAUUCGCCAAGUAACAAUAAUUACUGGUUGCCUAGAAAGUUGUCUACAUCUGAAGCGUCUCAAGAGAAACCUUCUGUGAGUGCUCAAGGAAACUCAUUGGAUGGGACACAACCCACAAUGAAGCUUGGUUCUGGUGAUUUGAAUACUGCAGCUGCCCCUGCAAUGGAUGACAGUUUGGCUCCUAGGGCAAGAUUAGGUAGCACUUCUUCAGAAAAGAGCAUAGAAGAUUAG